AUGGUCCUUCAGCCUAUGAGAUCCAUUACACAACCGCAGCCGCCAUGGUCUUUCCAAACUGAUGAUCUUCCUAAGGACUGCCCGAUCUCAAGCAGAGGGAGAACCGGCGGGCAUAAUCGAUACUCGCUUGCAGUUGAUCAUCCACAGCAACUUUUGCAGGGAAACUAUCGAAACCCAGACACUUACUACAGCUAUGGCAUUGGCAGCCCAUCUCUUCAAGCACCAUCAAACGCGCAUUGCUAUCCGAGUCCACCACCAGACGCCGAGGGUCGGCACAUUAACCAAAAGUACACAACAGAGGAGGGUGACUACAUCAUAUACGCCUGGCAUGACAAGAAGAUGAAGUGGCAGCGCAUCAAGCAAGAAUUUGCAGCUCGGUUCGGCACUACUCCUGAGCGAACGAUCCAAGGUCUCCAAGCGUGGUAUUACCGUAUGAACCAACGCAUACCUGUUUGGGAUCAGGAGGGCUGGCUCUGCUUCGAUGGCGAAGAUGACCUUGAACCUCAGCAUGUCAGCAUCAAGGUCCGCGAACGGGAUAGCCAGGACAAACCCAUGGAGCCACUGGGAAUAGCUCAGCGAUACCCCGAACGUGCUAUUCACUACUCGUGGGUCGACGCUGAGACUAAGUUCAAGGCCCAAGACUGGGGUGCGUAUUUAUAA